AUGGACGGCUCACUCCUGACCCACUUUCUGCAGAGAGUCAACAAGGACAUAGAACGCAUAGAGUCUCUCAUCCAAGUCGUCCACAACGACGUCAACUUUCUGCUCGAAGCAAACCAAAUCCACGCAGACGAUGCUGCGCUUAUUCUCUCAAAGGUCCCAGCAUCCGUGAGCGCAUCGCAGCAGCAGCCAGUGGGCAGACACGCCCCACUCAGUCGCUCCAGAGUCUCGCUCGAGAGCAAUGACAGCGCGCCGCUGGGUGACUUGAACAGCGCAGACAGUCUCGCCCCUCCGUCAUACUCGUAUCCCUCGAUGGAGAAUGUCAUUAACAACGUGCCCCGCUCACAGCCCAAACGCCAGGCGAGGGCACUCUGGGACUACAACCUCGACGGCGAGGAACCGGAAGAUCUUGCCUUUGAAAAGGGUGCCAUCAUCGAAGUCAUCAAAGAGAAUAACGAAGACUGGUGGACCGGCAAGUGCAACGGCCGCACAGGAAUAUUCCCAUCAAACUACUGCGAGGUUCUCCAGUACCCGCUUCCCUCUUGGAGUCAGGUCCCGCCCGCGACUGCGACAAAGCCGCGACCGAUACCGGAGACUGCGCCGAAGUACGUGCCGUACAAGCACGCCUCUCCUCCGGACCAUGGGUCGCGCCCAACUGCACAGGACGAUGACUUGAAGAAGCACAAGUAUUCGCACUCCAAGAAUACGUCGACUGGAACCGGUCUUGGGUAUGGAGCCGGUGCUCCCAACCCUGUUGUGAGGGCUAUCUUCUAA